UAUAUACCAUCUCAUGUCAACUUAAUCAUAUUCCACACAUCAUUCAACUCAAAGAUCGCACCUGGAGAUAUACCAGCACACGUAACUACCAUUAUAAUGGGCGUUGACUAUCCCAUCAGUGGAUACUUCAAUCAACCUUUGCUGCCUGGCUCAAUCCCCAAUGGUGUCACGACUCUAUUGCUCGGUGAUGUGUUCAAUCGUACUCUUGAGCCAGGUGUACUCCCGCCUUCAAUCACAGAGCUCAAGUUUGGUAAAGGAUUCAAUCAAAGGUUGAUCACAGGUGCGCUACCAAAUUCAAUUACCUCGUUGUUCAUGAAGGGAUAUGACCAUUCACUCAAGUCAGCCGUACUACCUACGUCUCUGACACACCUUCACCUGGAUACCUUUCAGUCAGAGAUUGAGGACAGGCUACCAAUGUCAUUGACAAGACUACAUCUUGGACGGUACAAUAUGGCCUAUCUUGAGGCAGUACUACCGCAACAACAAUUGGGCGCCCUAUCCUUUGGAGACCAAUUUAACAUUAGACUGUUACCUGGCUCACUACCCAACACAUUGACCGAGCUCAAGCUGGGCUAUGCGUUCAAUUCGCCACUGGUACCACAAGCUCUGCCAAGCUCGCUGGUCUCGCUUGCCAUGGGACAUAGGUUCGAUCAACCUUUGGUGCCCGGCGCAUUGCCAUCCUCACUCGGCUCACUGAUACUAAGCGCAUCGUUCAAUCAACCUCUGUUGCCAAACGUGUUGCCAGACUCGCUCACACAUAUUCACUUUGGUCGACUGUUCAAUCAAGCAUUGAAAAGCAAAGUGAUACCAGCAUCACUCACAUCGCUAAGCCAUAGCAAUGACCUGAUGAAGAUGAUCACAGGGAGCACAUUCAGACACUGUCAUAUUGAACGAGUGACCAUUGAUAUAUAUGAACGAAUGACGUUGCCUCGAAUGGCACAGUUCAAUCAACACCUCAAGACACUGUACUUUGAUCACCUCUUAAUAUUAAGAUAUGAAGAUGCAUCUAUUGUAUUACAACAAUACUUGGACUCUGGUGUUCCUAGCCUUAUCGUACUUGGAUACAUCAACGAUGCAUGUGGCAUGAUUCGUCGUCUAGACAACAACAAACUUCUGGUCCUGGAUUCGGCCGCAAGAAUGAUUGUCCUCAACCACGACCAACUCAUCAUUCACUGUCAAGAGCUAUUCAAAGAG